GGCCUGACUAGGCCGCAGGCGUGGCGGUUGCCAUGGCGCCCGUUGCCAUGGCGGCGAUUGGGGCGCGGGGCUGGUGGGCCUCCCGCGGGGAGAAUCGGGAGCAGACGAGGCGGGGGCGGCGCGGCGGUUUCCAAAGUGGCGGCGUCAGGUCCCUCUCGCCACCAUGCCCACUUCUGUGCCCCCGAGGAGCACAUGGGGGGCAGCCCAUUCCACCCCGCCCUCCCCUGCUAGCUCCGAUGACGACGAGGAAGAUGAGAGGGAGAGCCAAGCUUCCCAUUUCCAUCCCAAGGAGCAAGAGGAGGAGGACUUGACAUCAGCUGGCAUCCCUGACAGCCUGAAAAAAUAUCGUGCUGAACACAUUACAGAUUCAAGCAGGGAAGAUCUGUCAUCUAUGGAAAAUACCCUUUCACCAUGGGAAGAAUGGUUCCUUUGCAAAGAAAGAAAGCUACGUGCCCGCUUACACGCACAAGCUAUGGCGGCAAUGCGUCAAGAAAUGGAAAAAAUGAAGGAAAAACAAGAACGUGAAAGGAAAAAAGUAAUUGCUGCACAGAAGCACAGAGAAUGGGUCCAGAAAAAAAAUGAAGAGGUGAAACGGGAAAGGAAGGAAAGAGAACGCAAGAUCAGCAAAGAGAUGGCAGAAAAAGCAGCUAAGGAACUUGAGAAAGCACAGUCAAAGGAUAAAGCAAGAGAAGUGUAUCAGGAAUGGCUAAAGAAAAAGAAAAAAGAAGAGGUUCAGAAGAAGAAAGAAGAAAAGGAGAAGGAAAGGCAACAAGAAGCUGAAUUGCAGGAGAAAAAAGAAAAAUCAGAGAAGAUGUUCAAAGAAUGGCUGCAAAAUUCUAGAAAUAAGGGUCGCCCCGCAUCAGCUGUCUAUUCCUACACCAGUGUUAAAUCAACUGGAAUUCCUGAUGGAAGUGUCUAUCCAGUUCCAACGUUUUACAACCCAAUACCUUGGAAACCAAGCCAUGUGCCUACUCCGAAGGAAGAGAAGUAUGUUUCCAUGAAGAAAAAUAAGAGGCCUAUACCCAGUCACACAUAUAGAUCUUCUUCAGUUCAUUUUCAUAAAUCCAAGAACAAUCUUUAUAUUGGACCACUGUGCAGAAUUCAGAGAUAGCACAGGGCAUUUUGUUAGUUAUUUAAUAUUUUUUUAAAAUUUAGCCAGAUAUUAUAAGAUGUUGAAUUAAGGCCAAAUUUUUGUAAAUAUCUGGGAUUUCUUACAUUUCUUCUAGUAAAUAACUUUGUAUGUAUCUUGUUGAAAUAAGACAUCUAGGACACAAUAAACAACAUUUGAAUGUUUAAUGUAUUUUUCUAUGUAAUGCAUUCUGAGCUGUAUCCUAAUAAUAAAAAGUAAUUAUUUUCAAUCUUUUCCCAAUAUUUUGUAGAUUUAAGAUAGUAUAUUUCCAGAUGUAACUUUAAGCACUUCUUACUUAGACAGCUGUUUCUUAAGAGAUUAUUGCAGUUCAACAGAGAAGGAAAGCAGAGCUUUGAAUCACAGCUUCACUGAGAAUGAUCUUUUGGACUUAAGCCCUUUUGGUCCUAUUAAUGUCAACACUUGGCUUGAAUUUUACUGUGCUUGCAUAACUUAUUUGCAGAGUGAUAUUGGAAAACCUUCUGAUACCCCUUUUUGUCAAAUGAUUUGUGACAUACUAUGUAUGACCUGUUACGAAUUAAGCAACAGCUGGUCAUUUAAUGUGACACUCUAAUAAUUUAGUUGUACGGCAUUUUCAGAUCAUCUUGUCUCUGUUUCUUGGGCGUUGAAAGUAUCAAUUGUUAAUCUAUGCUUAGUAUAUUUGUAAACUAUUACUGUAAUAGCAUUUAUUGUCAAACUUGAUAAUGAAUUUGCCAUUGUGGA